AUGCACGCUUCAUUCUUUGCCGCCAGACUCGUUGUGCUUGCUGCCAUUUCCUUGGUUGUUUCUGCUCAGAGUCUCCUUCCCGAUGGUUGUGACCGCAAUGUAACUGUUCAUGCUGGAGAUACAUGUGACAAAAUCUCCGCAGCACAUAAUGUUUCCACAUACCAGCUGGCGGAAGUCAACAGCAAAACCAUUGACCGCGGUUGCGAUAAUUUGGGUAUCGGAGAAGUUAUAUGCCUUGGAAUCAAAGGUCAUGAUUGCAAGGUUACGCAUGUUGUGAAGGGCGGCGAAACGUGCCAUAGCAUUGCCGAUGCGGUUGGCAUCCCGGAAAAGACGUUGCUCACGAACAACCCGAACGUAGGCUCCGACUGCAGUAGCAUAUAUCCUGGCGAGGUUCUCUGUACUUCGAAAAAGAUCUACGUGAAGGCCACCUAA